GACAACGUCAGCGACACAACCUCGAUGGGAUCUAGCAUUCUUGCUUAUCGGCAGGAAAAUGGCAGGACGUAUCACGCUUAUAAGGACGGUGUCUACGUUCUUCCGAAUGACGAGACCGAGAAUGAACGCCUAGAUCUCCAGCAUAACUUGCUGCUAUUCACGUUUGACGGAAACCUUCACUGUGCCCCAGCUGACAGACCCUUCAAUCGUGUCCUUGAUGCUGGUUGCGGGACUGGUAUCUGGUCCAUUGAUUAUGCCGACGAGCAUCCCGAAAGUCAAGUAACCGGGGUUGAUCUCAGCCCUAUUCAACCAUCAUUUGUUCCCCCCAACGUCAACUUUUACGUUGAUGAUCUUGAAGACGAUUGGACUUUCAGCAGUAAAUUCGACUUCAUCUUCUCGCGCUUCAUGACUGGCUCCAUCCGAAACUGGUCCAGAUACUUGAAGCAAUGCUAUGACAAUUUAGAACCUGGUGGGACUCUCGAGCUUAUGGAUAUCAUAUAUCCUCUCCAAUCUGAUGAUGGUACACUCAAGGAAGAGCACCCUGCGUACCAGUGGUCGGUGCUGCUCCAGGAAGGGUUUUCUGGUGGUGGUCAUCCACUUAACACUGCCCUCUAUUACAAAGAUUGGCUCAAGGAUGCAGGCUUCGUUAAUAUAGUCGAGGUGAAAGAGAAGUGGCCUUGUAGCGCCUGGGCUAGAGACCCCAAGUAUAAGCAAAUCGGCAUGUGGGCGUAUGAAAACGGCGUACAGGCCCUGGAACCACUCAGCCUUGCCAUCUUUACGAGGCCUAGAGAGGCAGGCGGGCUGGGAUGGAGCGUCGAAGAGUUGCAGCUUCUGCUGACUGGAGUCAGAAAGGACUUUAAGAACCUGGGCAUCCAUAUGUACUGGCCUAUAUAUUCAGUGUAUGCCAAGAAGCCCGAGUAAGGCAUCCUGCUACUUGCAGAAUGCUCUGGACUUCGGCGUUGCAAACUUGGAAUAGUUAUUCUCCCACCAGCUUGAUUUAUGUGAGAAAGCGAGUCUAUGGCCCUAGUGCAUGCGGAGUACUUUAUAAAUUUGUUCUCGUCUUGGGGAGGGUCCUUAAAUGGGGUUUCGUGGUUGUCUCUGGGCGUUGAAGUAGGAUGAGAGCUUAGGUAUGAUGGCAUUGGCCUGCAAUCCCAGAACUUAGCAUGGUACAUUCACGUUUCCAACGAGAAGCAAGAGUAUCCUCUGACAAAAAGAAAUGUGAUAAAA